GGCUCUGACAGCAGCUCCCCGCCCCCGCGGCCCGCCACGUCCCGCACGUAGCGCCCGGGCUGCGGCACAGAGCGGCAGGCUGGUGCCGGGGGCUCGGCUCCGCCGGCAGGGCUCGGUAUGAGGCUGGCAGGGCUGCUCCGAGGCGGCCGGGGAGUCAGGCCGCGCUGCGGGGUCCCCAGUGCCAGCCGCAGUCUGGCCUCGGCCUCGGCCUCGGGCCCCGGGCCGGAGACGGAGCGCGGCGUUCCGGGCCAGGUGGACUUCUACGCGCGCUUCUCGCCGUCGCCGCUCUCCAUGAAGCAGUUCCUGGACUUCGGAUCAGUAAAUGCUUGUGAAAAGACCUCAUUUAUGUUUCUGCGACAAGAGUUGCCUGUUAGAUUGGCAAAUAUAAUGAAGGAAAUAAGCCUUCUUCCAGACAAUCUUCUCAGGACUCCAUCAGUACAGUUGGUACAAAGUUGGUAUAUCCAGAGUCUUCAGGAGCUGCUUGAUUUUAAGGACAAAAGUGCUGAAGAUGCUAAGACUAUUUAUGAAUUUACAGACACAGUGAUAAGGAUCAGAAACCGGCACAAUGAUGUCAUUCCAACCAUGGCCCAGGGUGUGACCGAAUACAAGGAGAGCUUCGGGGUGGAUCCUGUCACCAGUCAAAAUGUCCAGUACUUUUUGGAUCGAUUCUACAUGAGUCGCAUUUCAAUUAGAAUGUUACUCAACCAGCACUCUUUAUUGUUUGGUGGAAAAGGAAGUCCAUCUUAUCGAAAACACAUUGGAAGCAUAAAUCCAAACUGCGAUGUAGUCGAAGUCAUUAAAGAUGGCUAUGAAAAUGCUAGGCGGCUUUGUGAUUUGUAUUAUGUUAACUCUCCUGAACUAGAACUUGAAGAACUAAAUGCGAUCUCACCAGGACAGACAAUACAAGUGGUUUAUGUUCCAUCCCAUCUCUAUCACAUGGUGUUUGAACUGUUCAAGAAUGCAAUGCGGGCAACCAUGGAGCAUCAUGCCGACAAAGGCGUCUAUCCCCCGAUUCACGUUCAUGUCACGCUGGGCGAGGAGGAUUUGACUGUGAAGAUGAGUGACCGGGGAGGUGGUGUUCCCCUGAGGAAGAUUGACAGACUCUUCAACUACAUGUACUCAACUGCACCCCGGCCUCGUGUUGAGACGUCCCGUGCAGUGCCCCUGGCUGGUUUUGGUUAUGGAUUGCCCAUAUCACGCCUCUAUGCACAGUACUUCCAGGGGGACCUAAAGCUGUACUCCUUGGAGGGCUAUGGGACUGAUGCUGUUAUUUAUAUUAAGGCUCUGUCAACAGAAUCCAUCGAGAGACUCCCUGUGUAUAAUAAAGCUGCCUGGAAGCAUUACAAAACAAACCAUGAGGCUGACGACUGGUGUGUUCCCAGCAGAGAGCCCAAAGACAUGACCACAUUCCGAAGCUCUUAAAUGGACAUAGGACGUCUGGAACAUCCAAAUGUGGUUUUUGGAAGAGAUGUGUUUGGAGCCACAUUGUACCAAAUAUGUUAUUUGUGAUUUUCACAAUUCAUGUCGCUAAAACUCCUAAAGGAUCAAGUAUACCAGCUUUAUUCUGAUGUGUUUGGUUAAUUGGACAUAUUUUUAAACACUCAUAGUAUCAAUUUCCCUCUGUGUGGUAGACUUAUGGAGUGCGAAGUCUGGGUUUCUGGAGGAAGUUGAAUAUUGAUUUUCAAAUUUUCAUUUAUGCCUGCAAGAAACAAAGACUGCAGAGUAGCUGGUAAGUGGCCCACUUUUGGAGUUCUUGUUACCUGUUGGUGGUAACAGCUAAUUAAAUGGUUUUCUCAUCUUCCACGAACACAGAACACAGUGGUACCAGUAGGACCUUUCAUGCAUUGUCUACUGAAAUAAAUUGAUCAUGGCAUCGUUUUAUUACAGAGGAUUGUAAUGUCUGAUUUCCCGAAGGUAGUGUGCUCAGGAUCAAUGCAAGGGAUUUUCUUUAAGAACAAUGUCUCUAUGUAGCCCUCGCUGGCCUUGAACUCAACGCCCAUCCUUAGCAUCUGGAGAAGGGUGUGUCUGGUGCAUAAGAGAAAUGUGUAUGCCCAAACAAGCAAAGUAGCAGCAGAGAAUGAACUAGAACAAAGCUCUCAGUGCACCUGGCUGAACCGAAUGACUGUUGAGAUUAUCUGAUGGAGCUUUUGAAAGAAUUUAUUUGUUUUUCUGGGUCCUCCUCCAGGCAUCCAGAGGCGGAAGGCCAGGGAUGAGUUUCUCAAACUAGGUGAGACUCAUAGUUGGCCUGGCUGAAAUCACUCUUCAGUGAAUAGUGACACCACUGCUGUUGACAAAGUGACAGACUGGAUUGGUUUUCCUGUUUCCAGGUCAGAUUGCUAGACCUUAGGGAACAUAAUCUAAAUCUCCGGUCAGGUUCAAUUGAAAGCAGAGUCAGGAACAGAGAGACUAGGGUUACCUUAGUCAUCUUGGUUUUAAGUGGUAACUAAAGACAUGACUUUUUUAAAAUUAUACAUAUAUAUUUAAGACAAAAGCCAAAUCAUGCAAUGUGGCACAAAAUAGAAUUCUUGUACCAAAUGAUAGAAACAUGUAGGUUGAGGAUGCCCCAGGGUGGUCAGUCCAGGACCCUCAUGUGAGAGGUGAGGGGCCUGAAACUCAGGUCCAAUCGGCCAGGGCUUUCAGCUAACUCGACCAAAUGUUGGGAAAGACACACCUUAUACCUGCUGUUCCUAAUUGAGAACUUUGUAAGAAAUAAUAGACUGUGUUCAUGAGUGACUUUUAUUCCCUGUAUUACACUUAAUUAGCUUUAAAUUACAUUUUCUUGCAAUGAUGAAAUAUUUUGGAAUCUUUUGUACAACUGUUAAUAAAUGUACUAUUUUUACUUGUGAAAUACUUUUCCCUCUCCAAGGAGUUAAAAGGUCCUCCCUCCCCCAUUUAAGAGCUAAGAAAUGUUUUCAGACAAGAAGUAAAAUUAUUUUACUUCAGUCUCUUGUUAAGGUGUAGCACCUUCUGCUUUGUUAUCAUGGUAACAGAUGGACAAUUGUGUGCGAAAAUGGGGGUGGCUUUUUCAGAGCUUUUAAAGAUAUCUAAAAAGGUUUUUAGAUUCUAAAGGUGAGCUGGCUGGUCUGUCAGCAGUUAUUCUAUGUGAUAUAGCUAUAAAAUAGAUUGCUGGUCAGGGAGUUAAUGACUAUGCCAGUGCAUUGCAAGAAAGGGAUUGUAAGAAUAUUCCAUGCUGCAGUUUAAAGUGUUAGUUGGUUUUGAUGCCUUUACACUUUAUAAUGGUCAGUGUCUUCCCCUGUGAAGUUUCUACAUGGAGAUAUUGAAGCAGAAUUCUACCAUAGUAUAAGAUGUUUUUUCAGUGACAGUAACUGAAAACAUGGAUCAGCUCUUCUCAGAUAAACUUGAGUCAUUUACGGAAGUUUAGAAAUGUACUCAUGUCUUUUAAAGAGCAAUUCAUCUUACCAUCAACAUUCUAUAAACAUUCAAGAAACUGUAAGUAGGUGCCAGCAGGUAAAAGCAAUGGCCACCAAGCCUGGCAACCUAGUUCUUUCCUCAGAACACACAUGAUGGAAGGAAAGAAGCAACUACGCCAUGAGUUGUCUUCAGACCUCCACACAUGCAAUGGCACAUGGGAUUCCCCACACGUACCACACAAAAUAAUGCAAACGAAACUUCAUUUGUAGCUAGGUGUCUUGCACUCUCUAACUCUCUAAUAGAGGUGUUUAAGGCAGGUUUCCAGUGUGUAUAGUCUAAUGGGGAAGCAGAUAGCUGAGUUUGUGUGGUUUGAGUUACCCUAGAUUUUCAUUAUCUAAUGAUACUGCCAAUGAUUGACAUGUACUACAUAGAUGGAGACCUGAUGUAUAAUUUUGAAAAACUCUAUAAAUAAUUCUGGGUAACUUUGCACAGUAGAAAUAAUUAUAGGAAGGGGCUUGACUUAACCAGCACUACCUUCUACUUAAUGCUAAUGGAGUUUCUGAAUUUUUAUAGUCAAGACAGAUCUGCAUCCUAUUUCCUCAUUGAUAGCAUAAAAGCCCCACAUCUAACUCUUGACUGUUAAAUUCAGUAAGGUGGCAUGCCUGUAAGUAAAUCUCUUGAGUUUGAGGCAGCCUGGUCAGCACAGGGAGUUUUGGGCCAGCCAGGGCUGCAUGGUCCCUGUGGUUUUUGUUUGUUUUAAAACCAAUAAAGUUCAUAACAAUUACAGAGGGAAGGGGAAGAGUUUGUGUGGCUCGGUGAAUGGUUAAUUGGGGAGGAACCCCAGCCAGUAAACUUCUAAGUUCAUGUCAUUAGUUUCACAAAGAAAUGUGAAACUUCAGAGGAUAGGUUGGCCAGGGUUAAACUUGGUUGUUUUUAUUGAAGGAACUACUCAUGAUAGCUGAUCAACUUCUGGUCUUAAUACUAUUAAUUUUCUCACUCAAAAAGUAAUACAACUAAUACUUUGUGAAGUUAUUUUUUCAUGUCAGAAAUGAAUGCAUUCCUAUUUUACUUAGUCCUGGCAUUUGUAAACUACUGUGUCAUUAGUUCUACUUUUGUGUUUGGAAAGGAUUAAACAUUUUAUUACCCA